GCCCCUUUUGAAGUCAUCGUCCACAAGAGAUUCCACACCACCCCCAAAGGGCCAAGACGCCUCAUUUUACUGCAUUUACACCUAUAUUACAUUUUAUAGUAGGGUUCGUGGAGUUCUAUAGCCUUGGGCUCGUAUUAUUCCGAAGGCCUGGACGUUAAAUAUUUCAUGUGCCUAGAAGCUGUGGUCACACAAAUAUGUGUCUGCUAACUGAACAUGAACAAGAAAGAAGGCAGCAAAAUGAAAGGUGAAAGUAGAAUGAAAGUUAAGCCAGACAAAGCAAAAGAACAGAAGAAGAGCGAUGUUAAAGGCAAAGGAAAAGCUGAAGAGCCGAAAAAGUCCACCAAAGACACUCAGAAGCGAGCUGGCAGAAGCCCAAGUAAAGCUGACACUAAGGAGAAAGCCAAAACUUCGGUAACAAAGGAUGAAAGUACGGGAAAGCCCCGAACUGACGUCAAGAAGGUCAAGAAGACAGGAAGUGAACAUCAUAAAAGUUCUACCAAAGACUCAAAGUCGUCACUGAAGUCGAAAAAGGCUCCAGAGGAGCCAGCAAAGGCGUCCAAAGAUCACAAGGCUAAACCAUCGAAGGCAGAUGCUAAUGCCUCCAAAAAGACGGAGCAGUCGAAAAAGUCUGCUAAAACUGAUGGAAGUCAUGUCAAAAAGUCGUCGAAGCCGGAAACGUCGCCUAAAAAGGCAUCUCCUAACAAAGCCCAUGUCGCUGACGCCGCUCCCAAGGAGAACGGCGAUCACAAAGCGAAGAAAUCCUCGGAGCCGAUCUCGCCGAAAAAGGCUAAGACGCCCACUCCCGAGCCGCCUCCGCGCAAAACGCCGACGCCAAAAUAUGAGGACGACUUCGAGGUCCUCAGCCCGGCCAAUAACCCGAACACGCACUCGAAGCGGCUGGCCACCGCCGUGCCGCGCAAGCAGUUCCAGCCGCCUGCCGACACGUACGCCAAACAGGACUGGGAGCCCGACCAGCUGAAAAAGGCCAUCGACUCCGAGAACAAACGUGCAGAGACGUUCGACGCUGAGGAGUUUCACAAGCAGAAGAAGGCGCGCGCCGCCGCCGCCGCCGGCCGAGCAGAAGCGGCGGCCGUCCGUGCCGGUGUCGUUCGCUGCCGAGGUGGCCGAGCCGGCUGCCGAGCCGGCCGGCGGCGCGCAGCCCUCGCGCUCUGUGGACUUCUCACACGCCAAGAAGGAGCAGCAGCGCAGGAAGUCUGCUCAGAAGCGCCAGGGCCGCGGUCGCGCCCUGCUCUCGCUGAUCGAGCUGUUCGAGCAGGACUUUGACCUGUUUGAGAUGGAGCCGGCCUCGUACGAUCAGAUCGUGGCAAACUUCGGCAAGUCCGGCCUGCAGCAGGGCACCUCUCAGACCAACGAGGACGACCUGGCCGAGGAGGUGCAGACGGACGAGGUGGUGUGCCGCCACAAGUGGACCCAGCACCCGAUCCAGUUCGACGUCCGGGUCACCACCAACGCAGAGGGCGAGGUGGUCACCGGGCCCACCUAUUACGACUACCUGGGCGUCGGCGGGGACAUGGAGGAGGACGAGCGGGACCGGCAGGACCGGCUGCACAGCAGCGCCAUCCGCCUGAACCGCUUCCUGGGCGCCGCCGGAUCGUGUAUCCUGAUGCUGCUGGAGGAGGGCGCGGCGCGGUCGGACAGCGGCCAGGCGGGCGGUGCGGCCGCCGGCCGGCUCAGUUUCAGCAGCGCCGCGGCGCGCCUGGGCGGCGGCGUGGCCGACCUGCUGGCCGGCCGGCCGGCCACCUUCGUCAGCUUCAGCGACUCGGACGGCCGGCUGCUGGUGUCGGCACACGCCGCGCGGCCGGCCGACCCGCAGCAGGCCAAGGCCGCCUCCGAUCCGGAACAGCCGGAGUCGGCCGACCGGUGCGGCCUGGUGUGCGUCUGGUCCGUCAGCGAGCCGUCCCGGCCGCAGAAGGUACUCAUCACCUCGGCUGAGCCCGUCUGCUGCUGCUUCUCGCCGCUGAAGCCGCGACUGGCCUUUGCCGGCUCGGCGAACGGCUCGGUGGACGUGUGGGACCUGCACGAGUCCGGCGCGGAGCAGAGCGGCGCGCGCCAGUCGGCCGCCGGCGCGCCGCUCCGCUCGCCCACCUACAGCACGGCCGAGAUCCACCGGGGCGGCGCGCACUCGGACCGGCUGGUGGCGCUGCGGCCCGUGCCGGCGGCCGCGGCCGGCCAGAGCGACGGCGACACGGAGCCGGGCGCCAUACAGGUGUGCAGUCUGGACGCGGCCGGCCGUCUCGUGUUCUGGGUGGCCAUCAGCUCCCGGCAGCGAAACAACCUGGAGGUGCUCGACGGCGACCUGGGCCUGGCACCCUGGGGCAAGGUCAAACUGGUGAAAAUCAGCCACGUCUCGGUCGACGACUUCCUCGACACCAACCAGCAGGGGAUGUUUACCGAGGCCAGUGAUUUCCGGAUCGACCCGAGCGACCCGAGCCACAUCUACGUCAGUACGGACACGGGCGUGAUCGUGCACUGCACGCGCCAGGGCGGCCGGCCCGUGCCGCGCCUCUUCCGGCCCGAUACCGACGUGUCGGUGCCGGCGCGCUGUCUGGCGCUGUGCCCGUUCGAGCAGCCGUUUCUGCUGGCCGGCGGCGCCGACGGCUCGCUGCGGCUGCACACCACCACCGGCGAGCGGCCGCUCAUCACCUGGAACACGGCCGCCGACGCGGCCCCGGUGCUGGCGCUCCACUGGUCGCAGCACCGGCCCUGCGUCUUCUUCGUCCUGGACGCCGACUCCAGAAUCCACGUGUGGGACCUGAGCGCGGGGGACAUCUUCCCCGCCGAGACGGACCAGGUGCAGUCGGGCCCGGUGACGGCCAUGGAUCUCAGCUACAGCGCCGACGGCGACAGUCGCGUCACCCAACUGGCGGUGUCCACGGCCGACGGGGCGCUGGAGGUGCACACAGUGGCCGACACGUACACACACAGCCAGGCCGGCGAGCUCGACCAGUUCCUGCACUACGUGCGCAUCAUUUGAGCGCGCACCAGGUGAGCCGCGCCGCCCGGGACGUAGGGGGCGCCGGACAGGAGCAGCGCCCGGGGCGCGGGGGCGCCGCAUGUGAGCCGCGCCCGGGGGCGCCGCAGUGAUUGGUUCGGCUGUUGUGGCUGGGACGCUGUCGCCGGGCGCCCUGUAGCGAAGCCCCAGCACUCAGACCGGCCCGCGAGACACAGUGCUGGCCACAAACGCUGCACGAAUUGUUAUCACGAGCAGACUGCGAUUAAUGUGAUCAUUUUCUGAGUGUCUCACGUAUAAAUCAAGUUAUCUCUCGCUCGCGUCAUUUUCGUUAGCCUCACGCCGUGCUGUUGAUAGUGUUAUGUGUGGGCCGUGGACAUAUUUUAUGCACCCAGUGAUAUAUGCGCUUGAGCUGGAGUCGGUCGGCAGACCUCUGAUGCCGCUGAAGAUUCCAGCGCGUCUGUUGGUCCGCGCUCUCUGUGAUAAAAUUGCCGGUUUUCCGUGCGCGCACGGACCGAGUGGUGUCGAUCUCACUGAUCUAGUCCAUCCAGGGAGCCCAGUCCGUCCGUUUGGGUGUUCCCGGCUCGUGCGCCGGCCUCCCGCCGGUGGUCGUACCAGAGCCCCUCACGGCCCCGCCGCGGCGAAGGCGGGUGCCUUGUGUCGGCCGGCUCGUCUCGAUGAACCUAUCAGUAAUCACUAAUGCACUGUUGUGAAAUGUGCUUACAUGCGUGUCGCAAUACACUUCAAAUAAG